AUGAAGACCCUCUCAAUGUCCGCUCUCGUCCUGGCGACUGCCACCUUUACCCUCGCUGCACCCAGCCCUAUGGUGCCCGUCCUAGAGCCACUGCAACUUACAAAUCUCAACGCUGGCAUCUAUAGCACAACCCCCCCAGCAACAUGCCUCCUCUCUUUUGCUCUCAAAGAUCCAAACACGAACACAGACACCACAUGCUCUGGUUACUGGUCAAUUGGCAUGGCUGGAAAUAAGACCUACGACUGCUCCGACAAGGCAUACCAGCUCCACCUCCCAGAUGGAAUCUAUGAUAUUGAAAAUAUCAAUCUGGGUGUCUCCCGCGCAGACGGCUCUGAGUCUGGUCGGGCAAUUGUGAGUGGUGACUUGUGGAAAUGUGAGAAGCAGGAGUAUCCCAAGGCACAGUGCAAGUGGGAUGGUAUUUUCAGUCUCGAUCUGGCUUCGUCUACUUGA